AAUUGCCUCUCCCAGCUGUCGCCAAAACCCUAGCCCCCAUUCCCAAAGCCUCACCGGCCCCGGCUCCCGAUGGCGUCGCUGGCGGCGGCGGGUGAGGCGCUGCCCUUCAGCGACGACAUGCUAGCAGAGAUGUUCAUCCGGCUCCCCACCCUCGAGGACUUGGGCCGCGCCUGCGCGUCCUGCCCCGCGUUCCGCCGCGUCAUCACCAGCCACUCCUUCCUCCGCCGCCUGCACGCGCUCCACCCGCCGUCCUUGCUCGGCUUCCUCUCCUUCUCCUCGUUGUUCCACCCCGCGGAAUCGCCACACCCCUCGGCGCGCGCCGCCAGCGCCGUCGCUGAAGCUGCCGAUUUCGAGUUCUCGUUCCUUCCCACCAAGGGUUUCUGGAUGGUCCGGGACGCCCGCGGCGGCCGCUUCGUCCUCGACUGCGACGACGAUACAGGUUCUACAUUCACCACCAUAGCGGUCUGCGACCCCUUGUUCCGCCGCCACGUAGUUCUCCCGCCACUCCCCCAAGACUUGGCCGCGGCAGUCGAGCAGCCGCUCGAAGUGAAUGGUGAGCGUAGGUGCGAUGUUUUCCUUGCUCCCUGCAGCGAGGAAGAGGCAGAGGGAGAGCCGGAGGCGUUCAGCGUGAUUUGGAUGGCCCUGUGCCCGACUAAGUUAGUGGCAUUCAUAUUCUCCUCGGCUAGCUGGCAGUGGCGAGCCCUUGCAUCUAGCAGUUGGCGUGAUCUGAACCCUGCCAUGCCUCCUGUCAUUAAGCUUAAGCACUCCCCCUUGCUGUGUCGCAGCUAUGCAUAUGGCUGUUUCUACUGGAGUUUGUCGGAAUUCCCCUUCCGCAGCAAGCUGAUUGUGCUAGACGUGGGUAGGAUGGAGUUCUACCCUGUCACUCAUCCAUCCAGCCACAGGCUUGGGAAAUUUGCUGUUGUGGAGUUAGGAGAAAGCAGACUGGGGAUGUUCAUGCUUGGUGAUAAUACUUGCGAUGAAUACCGCAUAGUCCAACUAUUUAGUGCAAGCAACCAAAUUCAUGGUGAGGGUGCCAGUGAGUGGGUGCUGGAGAAUACAGUCUCACUGUAUAGCUCGUGUAGCUUCAACAUUCUAGGUGUUGCUGAUGGGAAAUUACUAUUGCAAGGAGCACGUGAACAUAAAUCUGAAGGGUCUGUUUGUAUUUCGCUGGACUUCAAGACUAGGCAGGUUCAGAGGGUUCGAGGGAUUAUUCACAGUGGCUUCUGUCCUAGGGUAGGCCAAUAUAUUGGUUACCCACCAUCACUUUCAUUACCUACUAUAUGAAAUGGGCUUAAUCUGCAUGUUUCAGCUCCUUUUGUGUCAUGCUACUACUUGCAUGCGCUACCAGUGCCAGAUGGAUGUCACACUAGGUUCAGUGCAUGGCCAGAUGGAUGUCACACUAGGUUCAGUGCAUGGCCAGAUGGAUGUCGUGCUAGACACUGCAUCGACUAGUUGCUAGAAAUGCUUCAGUCUUUGUACUGAUAAAAUAUGUAUCAAGCUAGUAGUUUGAUUAGCUUUUAGAUGAUGUGAUGCCACUGGCAUGUAAUCUGGGUAGUUAAACCAGUUAUCUGCACCUGAACUGAUGUCUGGUGACCCUUUGGUUAGGUAUCUGCAGAAACUCGGUGCUAGCUUUCAUGUAACUUGAACUCCACUUGACGAUGAGUCGAUGACGCUUGUGUUUACGCAAGGGUCUUGUGAUGUUAUCGUCCUUUCCCUAAGUCAAAUAUGAGUGUGCUGUGAACGUGGCUGCAAUGUGGAGUAUAUCAGAUCAGAGGGAAAGGUUGUGGUUAAGUAAUGUGAGAAGCCGUUUUUUUAUAAGCUCCCUUUUUUUCCCUAA